AUGACGGGACCCCACCUUGUCGUUCUCGGCGCCGGCGUUAUCGGGCUCACGACGGCCCUGACGCUGCGGCGCCCGGCACCCGUCGAGCCCCGAGCGGGCAUCCAGUGGUCGCCGCUGCGCAUGAUCUUCGACCAAAAGAUAGAGGACGCCGCCAUCCUGAGCGAGGGCACGGGCAAGCUGUGGUAUGACGAGCUCGUGGGCGGCGUGAAGGCGGUGGCGCAGGGGGCGCUGCCGGCGCGGGCGGCGUUUGGGCUCGACGCAAGGCUCCUCGAAAAGUGCCGCCAGGGCAACGUGACGCUCGACCGGCGCCGCAUCACGCACAUCCGCGAGGGGCGCAUCGCCGCAGAACGUCACGGGCGGGUCCUCAAACUGCACAGGCCUCGGCUCGCACUCGCUCGGCGGCGUCGAGGACAAGGCCAUGUACCCCGACGCCGCGGCCAGACGGUGCUCGUCGAGCAGCCGCUGCAGCCGCUGCGGCGCAUGUACUUUCGGUCGCCGCGGCGCGUCGACAACGACACGACGUACAUCUUCCAGCGGCCCAUGGCGGGGGGCGUCGUGCUCGGCGGGUGUCGGCAGGACGGCAACUGGAGCGGCGAGGUCGACGAGGCGCUGGCGCAGGAUAUCAUGCAACGGUGCUGCGCGCUGGCGCCGGAACUCGGGAGACCGGAGGAUCUCAAGAUCAUUCGGCAGGGCGUCGGGCUGCGGCCUGGGCGCAAGGGGGGGCCGAGGGUCGAGGUCGAGGUUGAGGGCGAGGACGAGGACGAGGUCAAGCGCGAGGCGUCUGGCGGAGGCGGGGCCUCGGCCGCUCUUGUUGUACUGCACAAUUACGGGCACUCUGGCGCGGGCUAUCAGGCCUCCUGGGGCUCGGCGGAGCACGGCGUCCGAUUACUGGAGGAGAAGCUCGGUCUCGGCGUGGGGAGGGUGACGAGGCUGUGA